UCUAAAAGGACAGUCUGACUGCACCUCCAACAUGGCUGAUGAAACAGCGAAAGCGCAGACUGCCCAGCCUGGUGGAGACACAAUAUUUGGGAAAAUCAUACGCAGGGAGAUUCCUGCAACCUUCAUUCAUGAAGAUGAUCUGUGUGUAGCCUUCAACGACGUCGCUCCUCAAGCUCCCACUCACAUCCUUGUUGUCCCAAAAAAGCCCAUUGUUCAGCUAUCGAAAGCAGAGGAAGGUGAUGCAGCGUUGCUGGGUCACCUGAUGAUUGUUGCAAAGAAGUGUGCUGAGCAGGCAGGUCUGACUAGAGGCUACAGGGUUGUCGUUAAUGAUGGAGCUGAUGGAGGCCAGUCGGUCUACCACAUUCACCUCCACGUCCUGGGUGGACGCCAGAUGCAGUGGCCCCCUGGCUAAUCUUCCACUCUUCCCUCUGGUCAUCCUGCCAUCAAUUUCUGCUUCUGUCCACCAACAACCAGUUCUGUUUCCAUGUAAUCAGUUGUCAGUUUGUCAUGUGAAACAAAAGAAAAGUCAUUGAAAAUCUGAAAUCUGUGGAUGGUAAUAAAAUGCACUUCACGUCAACUGUUUCUUUUCACACUGA